AUGCCCAAGAGGAAGGUCAGCUCCGCCAAAGGGGCCGCCAAGGAAGAGCCCAAGAGGAGAUCGGCGCGGUUGUCAGCUAAACCUCCUGCAAAAGUGGAAGUGAAGCCAAAAAAGGCAGCAGCGAAGGAUAAAUCUUCAGACAAAAAAGUGCAAACAAAAGGGAAAAGGAGAGCAAAGGGAAAACAGGCCGAAGUGGCUAACCAAGAAACUAAAGAUUUACCUGCAGUAAACAGGGAAACGAAAACUGAGGAGAGUCCAGCCUCUGAUGAAGCAGGAGAGAAAGAAGCCAAGUCUGAUUAAUACCAUAUACCAUGUCUUAUCAGUGGUCCCUGUCUCCCUUCUUGUACAAUCCAGAGGAAUAUUUUUAUCAACUAUUUUGUAAAUGCAAGUUUUUUAGUAGCUCUAGAAACAUUUUUAAGAAGGAGGGAAUCCCACCUCAUCCCAUUUUUUAAGUGUAAAUGCUUUUUUUAAGAGGUGAAAUCAUUUGCUGGUUGUUUAUUUUUUGGUACAACCAGAAAAUAGUGUGGGAUAUUGAAUUACGGGAGGCUCUGACUGUCUCGGGUGUCAGCUUAACAUUCCAUAGAUGGGGGGGUUAGUUUUUAUAUCCUAUAAUACAAAGCA